CUGUAUUGUUUAUCAUUUUGUGGAGCAUGUGUUAGUGACUUAGUGUCCUGUUUUGAUUUGAUUUUGAAUCUUUGUGAAAUGUUAGGAAACUUAAAAGAAUUUAUUUCUGUAGUACAAGAUGGUCUCGCUUCUAACAGCAAUAUAAGACAAACACUACAAGAAGUGCAAAAAAUAAAAAACAUUUUUAAGGACAAGCAAAAGGUGCCGAGCGAAGAUCACGUAAAUUAUGGAGCUGGUGGUGCUUUACUGGAGAAAUAUCAAGAAGAUUGGAGAGAACUACAUGAAAAUGCCGAUAAAAAUGCUAGGGCUGCCGAUGAAGUUGACAGAUUAAUAUUAGAACUACACAAUACUACAAAAGCCAAACUGCAAUCUGCAAAUGAAUUGAGCCAAUGUUUAUCUCAUUUACCAAGUUUGACUGCUACGGUGGCACAAUGUAUGGACAGUCUAAAAAACGUGCAGACGUUGUUGAAAACCGUAGAAGACGAUUUAGUGCAAUUUGAAGAUAUUAUUGAGAGAAGUAAGAUGGAAAGUUGGAAAUUGGAUCAUCAAUAUCAGCUGACUUUGUACAAAGAGAAAAAAAUGGCUGCAUUGGAAAAUAUAAGAAGUGAACUAGUUAAGAAGAACACAGAACAAAGUUAUGAAAAGGAAAAACAGCAUUUGGCAGAGUUGCAUGUGAGGAGAGAUAACAGUUCACUGGCGUUCCAGCAUGAUAUGGCUAAGUUCUUGACCAGUGGAAGUGUACCUUUAGGUACUUCUUCACCAAAAACAACUUUAGAACAAGUGCAAUUGGAUGAAGAUCAAACGGAUUUGGAGAAGUUUCUUGAUAGUUGAUAUCUAGUAGUUUACUUUAGUAUAAUGCUAAAUCU